AUGGCUGCCAACUUCAAAGUCGUCAUCGUAGGGGGAGGCGUGGCAGGCUUGACCUUGGCGAAUAUGCUCGAAAAGUUUGAUAUCGACUACACCCUUUUAGAAGCGUACUCGGCCAUCGCGCCCCCAGUUGGCGCGAGCAUUGGCCUGUUCCCGAACGGCCUGCGGAUUCUUGACCAAAUCGGAUGUUUGGAGUCGAUCGAGCGCGUUGCUCAGGGGACCCUUAAGUAUACAUACAUGCGGGAUAAGAAUGGGAAGGUUAAAAUGACGUUGUCUGAUAUGCAAGGUCAUUUAGAGAAGAGACACGGCUACGCAGGGCUUAUAUUCGAUCGCCAGUGGCUGCUACAGAUCUUAUACGAUCAACUCGAACAUAAAGACCGAGUACUAGUCAACAAACGCGUUGUAAACAUCAAGCAAAUCGACGGCGGCGUUGAGGUGUCAAGCCAAGAUGGCUAUACGAUUCGCGGCGCUAUAGUCAUUGGGGCAGACGGUAUCCACAGCGUUGUCAGAUCUGAGAUGUUCAGACUCGGCAAUGAGCUCCAGCCCGGGUACUUCGAGCCAGACCAAGAAGACAAGGUUCCUUGCUACUACAAAUGCAGCUUCGGCAUUGCACAACACGUUCCGGGAUGGAAGGGUGAUGAGCAACAUUUUGUGCUUGGCCAGAGGAAGUGUCAGCUCGUAAUGUCAGGCCCCGGGGACCGAGUAUACUGGUUCCUCUUCGUACAGUUGCCGGAGACAAAGUACGGCAAGAACAUACCCAGGUAUACGAAGGAGGAUGAGGCGGAACUCGUGGAGGAGUACUUUGACCUACCGAUCACCGAGAAUAUAACGUUUGGGCAGGUCUACGCCAAACGCAUCUCGUCAACACUGACCCCGUUGCACGAGGUAGUGUACAAGAAGUGGAUUUUCAAUCGCGUACUCAUCCUUGGAGAUGCCGCUCACAAGCCGAACCCUAUCGGCGGACAAGGUGGGAAUGCCGCCAUUGAGUCAGCCGCCGAGCUCGUCAACGCCAUCUUGGACAAGAGAGAUCGCCAUACAUCUGGCCUUGCCAAGCUGGAGGACCGUGACAUCGAAGAAAUAUUCUCUGUGACACAAGAAACUCGGAUCGAGCGAGCCAAUCUCGUUGUCCAAACCGCCCACGAGAUGCAGGCUCUGAACGCAUACGAGAAACCGCUCCUCUCGAGGUUGGUUUGGGACAUGGUGGCACCUUACAUGGGUGAUGAGAUGCUCUUCAAUCAGUUGAACAAUCCGAUGAUAGGUGGAGCUAGGCUGAAGCGACUGCCUGUCCCUCGCCCCAAUAGGACCAUCCCUUUCGCAGACGAGCUCCCUGAAAAGCCUAUUGGACCUGCCAUAUCUCGAUUUAUGCGUGCUGCAUUCACCGGUGGUAUGCUGUUGAGCCUCUGGCGCAAUGCCUACGGAGGCUCAGCAGAAGCGCGAGGGUUCUAUCCCAAUUCGCAGCUCAUAUCCGCUCUGGUCGUGUUCACUGUAGAGGGUAAUCGCAUCGGCAACCAGGGUUCGUUACUCGCAGCCCCGUCAUUAUUCACUGCUGGCAUGCCUUUCUUCGGACAGAACUCUGUACUCGCAGUUCAUUCUCUUCUGAGUGCAUACCAAGCAUUCACCCAGUCUGCUGGACGUUAUGUAAAGCCACAAGUGGCCUCAUCCUUACUCCCUGCCCUGGUUUCAUGCUUUGGCGUUUCUUACGCCGUUUACGGGACCAUUAGUGGUACUGUGGGCGCGUCACAGAAGUGGACAACGUUGGCUCAGGUCGCCGCUCCAUUGUUUCCCAUCAUGACAAACAUGCUGUCAGCUGCCAAAGGAUACUUACAACGCCGCAACACGGCGGAGGCGAAGCAGAAUGCCGAGCCCUACUUCGACCGCUACCGCAAGGGCGACGUUCCUACGUUGAAACUGGUAUACGGACUCAUCGCUGGAUUGCAAGGAGCUGCACAUGCGGCGGCACAGUUGUCGCAGAUGUACCAGAAUGUUCCUCGCAACGCCAUCGCUUCUUGGGCUCCAUGGCUGCUGUCUCUUUUACAGCGGAGACUAGUGCCAACUUUGAUGUCGCAAGCGACCUUGAUAGGGAGCAAUCUAUAUACAGUGUGGGAGCUGAGACGGCUCGGCUACAUCUCCUGGCGUCAAGCCUUGAAGACGUCGGUCUAUGCUGUUGCAGGCCAGUUCGUCAUUGGACCAGGAGCUACUUGGAUGGCGCUUUGGUGGUGGAGGGAAGGGGUCAUCGCUGAUUUGGAAAGGCAGUAA